AUGUCCUACUUGGGUGGGUGUGAUUAAUAAUAACAAUUAUAAUAAAAAUUUAACAUUUAAUGAUAAUAAUAAUGUACUGUUUUUUCCCAGCCACCAACAGAAUAUUUAAAAAAAUGAUAAAACAACAAACUUCCCUCACCCUUUUAUCAGAAUAACCAUUAUAAUAAUAAUGAUAGGAAUUGAAAAAUGAAGGAUCCUCAUUUAUUCUCCUUUCCCAGCCGCUCCCCACAGAAUAUUAAAAACGCAACAAAACAUACUAUAUUACAAACUUUGCCUCCUUUUCUAAUAAUAAUAUGCGUUGAGCGAGGGGGUUGCUAGGGCGGCCAUUUUGGACAAGGGCAAGGGGACUGGAAAGAGGGAGGGGAAAGAAAGGGCGGAAGAGGCAGCGGUGGCGCCAUGUUGGUUGGGGGCAGCAGGGCCUAGACUAGAUUUCUGCAUUUCAGGGGUCAGACUAGAUGCCUCUGGGGUUCCCUCUCUGCAUUUCAGGGGUCAGACUAGAUACCUCUUGUGGUCCCUGCGGAGAGGGAAGGCUGGAGGGACCCCCCAAAAAAAUCCCUUCUGGGAGGUGUCCCAACAGUGCCUGAGGGGCCUGGAUAGGGUUAGACAUAGAUAGGGGAAAAAACAGUGCCCUCGUGUGGCCAGUACUGGAAUAGACAUGGAUAGGAAAAUAAACAGUGCCCUCCUGUGGCCAGUACUGGAAUAGACAUGGAUAGGAAAAUAAACAGUGCCCUCCUGUGGCCAGUACUGGAAUAGACAUGGAUAGGAAAAUAAACAGUGCCCUCCUGUGGCCAGUACUGGAAUAGACAUGGAUAGGAAAAUAAACAGUGCCCUCGUGUGGCCAGUACUGGAAUAGACAUGGAUAGGAAAAUAAACAGUGCCCUCCUGUGGCCAGUACUGGAAUAGACAUGGAUAGGAAAAUAAACAGUGCCCUCCUGUGGCCAGUACUGGAAUAGACAUGGAUAGGAAAAUAAACAGUGCCCUCCUGUGGCCAGUACUGGAAUAGACAUGGAUAGGAAAAUAAACAGUGCCCUCCUGUGGCCAGUACUGGAAUAGAGAUGGAUAGGAAAAUAAACAGUGCCCUCCUGUGGCCAGUACUGGAAUAGAGAUGGAUAGGAAAAUAAACAGUGCCCUCCUGUGGCCAGUACUGGAAUAGAGAUGGAUAGGAAAAUAAACAGUGCCCUCCUGUGGCCAGUACUGGAAUAGACAUGGAUAGGAAAAUAAACAGUGCCCUCCUGUGGCCAGUACUGGAAUAGACAUGGAUAGGAAAAUAAACAGUGCCCUCGUGUGGCCAGUACUGGAAUAGACAUGGAUAGGAAAAUAAACAGUGCCCUCGUGUGGCCAGUACUGGAAUAGACAUGGAUAGGAAAAUAAACAGUGCCCUCGUGUGGCCAUUACUGGAAUAGACAUGGAUAGGAAAAUAAACAGUGCCCUCGUGUGGCCAGUACUGGAAUAGACAUGGAUAGGAAAAUAAACAGUGCCCUCGUGUGGCCAGUACUGGAAUAGACAUGGAUAGGAAAAUAAACAGUGCCCUCGUGUGGCCAUUACUGGAAUAGACAUGGAUAGGAAAAUAAACAGUGCCCUCGUGUGGCCAGUACUGGAAUAGACAUGGAUAGGAAAAUAAACAGUGCCCUCGUGUGGCCAUUACUGGAAUAGACAUGGAUAGGAAAAUAAACAGUGCCCUCCUGUGGCCAUUACUGGAAUAGACAUGGAUAGGAAAAUAAACAGCGACCUCGUGUGGCCAUUACUGGAAAAGACAUGAAUAGGAAAAUAAACAGUGCCCUCCUGUGGCCAUUACUGGAAUAGACAUGGAUAGGAAAAUAAACAGUGCCCUCCUGUGGCCAGUACUGGAAUAGACAUGGAUAGGAAAAUAAACAGUGCCCUCCUGUGGCCAGUACUGGAAUAGACAUGGAUAGGAAAAUAAACAGUGCCCUCCUGUGGCCAUUACUGGAAUAGACAUCAAUACUGGAAAGAGGGCAAGGGGCAGGAGGGGGAAGAAAGGGCGUAAGGCGGCAGCGGCGCCAUGUUGGUUGAGGGCAGCAGGGGCUAGAGUAGAUUUCUGCAUCUCUGCAUUUCAGGGGUCAGACUAGAUGCCUCUGGGAGUCCCUGCGGAGAAGGAAGGCCGGAGGGACCCCCCCCAAAAAUCCCCUCUGGGAGGAGUCCCAACAGUGCCUGAGGGGCCUGGUUUCUCAUUAUUAUAUAUUAUAAUAUAUUAUAUUAUAAUAUUAUUAUUGUUGUUAUUAUAUUAUAUAAUUAUAUAUCCUGUCAUUUUAUCCGGGCACCCCCAACCUGCAGCCCUCCAGAUGUUUUGGACUACAAUUCCCAUCAUCCCUGACCGCUGGUGCUGUUUGCUAGGGAUCAUGGGAGUUGUAGUCCCAAAACAUCUGGAGGGCCGCAGGAUGGGGAUGCCCGGAUCCCUCAGCUGCCGGGAGUCCCUGUCUGGGUUUGCUGGGAAUGCGUGCUAUUAAUAAUAAUAAUGAUGAUGAGGAGGAGGAGGAUGCUUCAAUUUGAAGACUCGUUACUAGUUUUGUAAUUAUUUCCCCAUCCUAAAUUUCUCAAAGCUGCCUGGGAGGAAGGGAGAGUAUAGUAUUUUGUAUAUAUAUAUAUAUAUAUAUAUAUAUAUAUAUAUAUAUAUAUAUAUAAUAUAUAUAAUAUAUAUAUAAUACAUAUAUAUAGAUACACACACACACAUAAUAAAUAACAUAAUAAAUAUAUAUGUAAAUAUACAUAAUAAAUAUAGACAUUGGCUCGACCAAAUGACUUAAACCAUUCCUAUCAGUUUGCCAAGAAUUUCUCGAUGGCUCAAGAAACCUCAUUUUGGAAAUUUCUCAAAACCUCAUGUCAGGGGUUCAGGAGCAGAGGCACAGGAAAGGGAGGAAAUAGAGAGCGAGGGGGAGGAGUCCGAAGGAAAUGUUAGCGAUGACAGCGGUCCGAGGUCUCUGAGUCUUUCCAGCGAAUCGGAAGAUUCACAGAAAGGGGCUCCCUUGGUCAGAGCAAGGGGGUGCCGAGGGGACACCCCAGGAAGAAGGGGCCAGAGGGGACUCAGAGAGCAGCAGUUGGAAAUCAGGACCAGCGUCCACACCAGAGUGCAGAAGGGGGGAGGAGUCCCAGGCAUCGGGAUCAGGCGGCGCACUGCCAGUGGGAGGACAUGAGUCAGGAUUGGCCACGCCUCCAUCGGGGAGCGAGGAAACGGUCGAGAGGAAGGUUGAAGGCUGGGUGCGCGCGCCAAGUUCAAAUGUACAGGAGGGCGGCGCAGUUGGCAGCCCGGAUAGGGAGCCAGGUCCCAAAGCCCGCCGAAAAGAGGGGAGGAGUCAGGGGGUCAGCGUCAGAAGAAUCCAGGAAGGAAGGGACCCCGGGGGGUAGCAGGACCCAGAGGAGAAAGGAGAGACGUAAGAGGUGGAGUAAGGCUAGAAUCUUAAACUGGUGUACAGGGGGCGGAGACUCAGAUGGAGCUCGCCGAUCUAACCCCUAGACGUAGAGCUGGGGCGCUCCGGCUUGAAAAUGGAAACUGUACUUCAAUAAAGACUUUUGUACAUUACUGCCGGCUAGCGUUGGUCCUCUGUGAGCUGGGACCUGGAGCCAGCUCUGACACCUCAUUUUGGAAAUCAAAUGUAAAAAAUCCAUCCUUGAUCCCGUUUCUGCCCCCCAAACUAUCCCUUGGCGGGGAGUUCCAAAGGAGGGAGCUGCUCUCUGCAAUGGAUCUUCGAGGGCAAGUCUCAGGGGGCAAGCAGGUGGAUUUCGAGGCCAAGCUGAGCCGUGGCUCCAAUUCGAACCCGGGACCUGAGCCUGUUGCCCCACAGGUUCUUUCCCCUCGGUGAGGCUGGUCUCUGCCCACCAAACUCUGCGGACACUGUCCAACGCCUGCCUCUUCCCAGAUCAGCAAGUGGCGGGCAGUUCCCCAGAUGGUGCGGGUUGGAGAGCAAGAGGCUGGGAGGGCCCAGGACGCCAGAAGGUGCUGGCCUGCGAAUCAAGUGGCAGGGAGUUCCCAAGGAGUAGACUUCCCCAUCUCCAGAGGCGAGGGGAUUUCUUCGUCUCCAGUGGCAGGGAGUUCCCAAGGUGGCAAGCGCUGCAAGUCCAUUCAGUCAGCUGGCAGGCGGGCCUAGGUUUCCAAAGGGAGUUUUCGCCCCGGAAGAGGGCGGGACUCGAACCUGCAGCUUCAGCUCUAGCAGGGGAUUUCAGCGGAGGGAGGGAUGCCCUCGAAGGGGUGGCGCCGCCGGAGACUUUUCAGAUAAGAAUGAAAUUUUUAUAUACAGGGCGGUUCACAGACCAAUGAACAAAUAUUAAUGAACAAAUAGUAUUUCUUAUUAUCAUUUUUGUAUUAUCUUUUCCUAUUCUUUAUAUUGUCACGGCGUCGGGUUGGGGGAACGGUGCCGGGUUCGAGUUUGGGGCAGCAUGCGCACCCCCCUCUCUCGGGCGCAGGUGGCGAUGGAGGGGCUGUGGCGCCCGAUGACCUUGAGGUAAGUCUUGGGAGUUGUAGCACCGCGUGACCAAAGGGUUCCGGGUGCAAAAGAGGGGCAGGGGAUCGAUGGCUCUGGCUUCUCAUGCGAUUUGGAAUCCAGCUCCUGCGGCUGGAGGAAGCCCCAUGGCGAUUGAUGGAGCUGGGAUUGGGCCGGGCCGGGCACCGACGGUGAGUCUCGCACGCGGUACCCCCAUGCGUCUGGGGUGGGAGGCUUACGACCCUGCGAGAUGGGCCAAGGGGAUUGGAAGGAAGCGUCGCAAGAACGGUUUGCUCUGAGCCGGGUCUGGGUGCGAGAAACCGGGCUUCUCUCCUUAUUCUUUCAUUUCUCUCUAGGGCGCCACAUCUCCAUCCAGGUGGGCGCCGGGCACCACGCCGCCCGCCUCGCCAACAAGACCCUUAAAGGCACCGGCUGCUUCCGCUACCACAAGGCUUUCCGGGGAGAAAGCGGUGAGUUGGGUUUGGCUUGGGUCGGUGGAACUCCUGCUGCGGGAAGGGAAUUCUAGCGAAGCCUCCGGCACCUGAACCCCCUGCCCACCUGACUCUGCCUUCCUUUCCCUCCGGGUGCUCCUGUCCGGCCCGCAGGGGGAGCGCGUGGUUUGGCGGGAGGAGAGGCUUCUCCUUGACAGCGGUGGCAAGUUCCAGGUAAGCCAUCUCAGAAAGUCUGGUGCCUUUGGGACUGCCUGCCACUGGUGUUCCUAUGAUAAUUCAACUUCCUUCUAUGAAUCCUAUUCAACUCCUUUAAAUGGGAUGGCGUUUGUCCACCUUUGGGACUGCCUGCCACUGGAUGCCCUAUCAAGACGUGGGGCUUUUCAGUUCGAAAAAGAGACUCCCAAUUCCCCUUUGGGACUCCCUGCCACUUUGGAACGCCUCUGGGGUGAGACAUUCAGCAGGUGUCAGAUUCAAAUUCCUUCCUGGCAGGAGGAGGUGCUGCUUUGAACCCAUGUCUUGCAGGCGGUGCUGGAAGUGGGCGCUGGCGAUUGGUCUGGCAAGGGUGCCAUCAUGGUGGACAACGUAGCAUACGCGGCCGGAGGCGGGUGCGAGGAGCGCCGCCAGGAGAGCGAUGGUGAAGGGGAGGUCCAAUGCUUGGGGGAUCCGGGGUUUGAGAGACACACAGGCGCAUACGAACAGAGGCGCCCCAGUUCGAGGGCUUCGGCAAGGUUGCCUUUCGAGAGGGGAGGCCCUCGCACCCGGGACUCCCCGUCCCACCCCCAGCCCCAGAGGCAGCCUGGCCCUGAACAACCUGCUUUGCAUUCGCAGGACCAGGUCCGGAUCGUGGAGCUGCCCGUCCGCGUGCCAACAGACUGGCUCCUUUCUCCGCCUUGCUGGCGGGUCGGGCUGGAUGACCCUCGGAUCCCUUUCGGACUGGGCACCGAAGGCGGACGAUACGAAACCAAGGAGAAAAGCACGGCAUUCUUUCCAGAGCCGCUCCUGUUGUCUUCCAUGAAAUAA